GAAAGCGGUUUAUCACAAGGAAGCAGAACCCUAUCGGGUCAUUCUCACACUAGUUCAAUAGUCAGCAGCAGUAAGUGUGAAAUAAUGCCGUUCAUAAAUGUGGAAACAAAUUUACCUGCAAGCAAGUUUCCAGAAGACUUACUGAAAAGACUAUGUACUACAUUGGCUGCAGCUUUGAUGAAACCGGAAGACAGGAUGAAUCUGGUGGUGAAGACUGACCUGCCGAUGAUGAUCGCAGGGUCUUGCUCCCCGUGUUUUAUGAUGUCCUUGUCUGCCAUUGGAGUGACUGAUACGGCGGAGAAAAAUAAGGAGCACAGCGCCAAAAUCUUCCAGUUUCUGAAAGGAGAGCUUGGGCUUAGCGAUGACCGUAUUUUGAUACUGUUCUACCCUCUGGAGCCAUGGCAGAUUGGGAAAAAAGGAACAGUGAUGAGCUUCUUAUGAGACUUCACAUUCUUUUUAUGUGAUUCCUGAUUGGGAUUCAACUAGCUGGACAUGCAUUGCUCCUGGGUGAUAGGACUGGUUUGCUCUUAUAGGAUUAAAAAUAUUUCCUAAUUUUCUUGAAUAGUAGCCUGUGAUUUGAAAAUAAUCACUUUACUAAAAUAAAUAUAAAAUGCAUUUAGCAUUUUGAUAGCAAACCGUAUAGUUGGUUGGAUGUGUCUAUUUUUAGACAAUAAGGUAAAUAAUAAGUUGAUAAACUUGUUAGAGAGUUAAUUGUAUGAAUUGAAUUAUGUAUUACAUUAGCUCAGUGUUUGUCACUUUUCCUGAGAAAGUGCCAUCUUCAAUCAAUCAGUUUCUCUGUCAACCACAUCUACGGGUCAAAUCAGACCAUAAUCACCAGCCUACAAAAGCCAUAGAAAAUAUCCAUAACCAUGUAGUCAGAGUGAGUUUUGAUUUGUACGGAUGUCAGUUGCAUAGUACAGAGCAUAAGUGCACACAAACAAAAUGUAUUUUCUCACUAAUGUCUUUAUCAUUAACUGUGUUUGCCAAGUACAUUGAUUCAGAAAAUUGCUAAAAUUAAAAUGGAUAAACAAUAAAAAAAAAAAUGCUCUUGAAUAAAACAGCUGUGUAAUUCAUUCAGGGGUUUUGGGAUGAUG